AUGAGUGCCGGCUGGGGAGCAGCCUCGCUGCUAUCCUACCUACGCAUCCCAGUUCUUGCAUCCUCUGGCCUGGCCGCUGUUGGCAGUAGCCUCCUAUACUUCAAGCAAAAUGCACUCAUCUACCCUGCAAACCUUCCACCUGGUGCUCGUACCGAAGUUCCACGCCCAGAGCAACUCAAGAUUGACAACGCCGACUCUAUCCAAUUCCCAACACCCGACGGCGAGACUCUACAUGCAUACUUGCUGAGGCCAAACGAGAACGGCCAGUUGCAGAAGAACAUAACGCUACUGACGUUUCACGGCAAUGCAGGCAAUAUAGGCCACAGACUGCCGAUCGGCAAGGUUCUGGCUGAAAGUUUGGGGUGCCAUGUCUUCAUGGUAGAAUACCGUGGCUACGGGCUGUCAACCGGCUCGCCCAGCGAAGAGGGCUUGACGAUCGACGGACAGACCGCGCUCGACUAUGUCCGCAACCACGACGAGUUGAGCAAGACCAAGAUUGUCAUCUACGGCCAGAGUCUCGGUGGUGCUGUGGCAGUCAAGCUGGUCCAGGCCAACCAGAAUGCCGGUGACAUUGCUGGAGUGAUCCUCGAGAACACGUUCACCUCAAUCCGCAAACUCAUUCCCAUCGUCAUGCCGCCCGCCAGGUUCAUCGCAAGUUGGUGCCACCAGAAAUGGGGUACUGACGAGACUUUGGCGGAGGUCACCAACAAGAAGAUUCCCUUCCUCUUCCUCUCGGGUCUCCGCGACGAGAUAGUGCCUCCAGUCAUGAUGAAGACCCUAUUCGAAACUUGUCCUUCGCGAAAGGCCUGGAAAGAGUUUCCCAACGGCGACCAUAACUCGACAGUGGCCGAGCCAGGCUAUUUCGACGCCAUCUGGACCUUCCUUGUGCAAGACGUCCUCGAUGGCUUCCGUGGCGUCAAGAACGGACCAGCCGAGACUCAUGUGCCCAAAUCCGAGCUCUGGAGCUGA